UCGCUCAUUGAAGUCUUGCUUCAUUUAUUAUCUCUGGAACAAGCAAUCCAAAACCUCAUUUGAGGAAAGAAGACAAACUAUUUUUAGCUGAUUAGCACGACAAACAGAGUUCGAAGCGAUGGCCAAGAGCUCCUUCAAGUUGGAACACCCCCUAGAAAGGAGGCAGGCAGAAUCAGCCCGUAUUAGGGAGAAGUAUCCUGAUAGAAUACCAGUUAUUGUGGAGAGAGCUGAAAGAAGUGACAUACCUGACAUUGACAAAAAGAAAUACCUGGUUCCAGCUGAUCUGACUGUUGGCCAGUUUGUUUAUGUGGUUCGGAAGAGAAUAAAGCUCAGUGCUGAGAAGGCUAUAUUCAUCUUUGUCAAGAAUGUUUUGCCGCCCACGGCUGCCAUGAUGUCAGCAAUUUACGAGGAAAACAAAGAUGAGGACGGUUUCUUGUACAUGACUUAUAGCGGUGAGAACACAUUUGGGGAUCAGUGAAAGGGCAGUCAAGCGGAAAUCAUGCAGCUAAAAGUUUGAGAUGUCAAUGAACAUAUAUAUGUAUAUUCUUGGCUUUGUACUUACCUUGAAUAGACCAUGUUUAAACUCUAGGAAAGUGCUCCUCGUUGCCUGGAUGAAUUGCUACUAUUUAACUUAAUACGUGUGAUUUCUGUGAAUCUAGGCGGGCAAAUUAAAUUAUGUUGGAUCUUGCCAGGCCAAUGUAAAGUUUAAAAUGGUAAUGCAAUCAUUUUCUGGGUUGUGAAUUGCAA